UUUCUACUCAAACUGAAAAUUUUAGUAAUACAAUUGCUAUACAAACUGAAUCUACUAUUAAUACAGUUGCUACUCAAACUGAAAUUAUUAGAGAUAUUCACUUUUUGGCCAAAGGUGGUUUUGCAACUAUUUUUAAGGCCAUAUGCAAAGAAGGAAAUGGAAUUCAGAAACAAGAUAAUUACAAAGAAUUAGUGAACAAUGGGUUGUUUUAA